AUGGAGGAAAGGACAGUGCUUUUCGGGAAGUACGAGGUGGGGAAGCUGCUGGGCAAGGGGACCUUCGCGAAGGUCUACCACGGCAGACAAAUCGCGACGAACGAGAGCGUGGCGAUUAAGGUGAUCAGCAAGGACCAGGUGAGGAAGGAAGGGAUGAUGGAGCAGAUCAAGCGGGAAAUCGAAGUGAUGCGUUUAGUCCGCCACCCGAACGUCGUGGAGCUGAAAGAAGUCAUGGCGACCAAGACCAAGAUCUUCUUCGUUAUGGAGUACGUCAGGGGCGGCGAGCUCUUCGCUAAGGUGGCGAAGGGGAAGCUGAAGGAGGAUCAGGCCCGGAAGUACUUCCAGCAGCUGAUCUCCGCCGUCGAUUUCUGCCACAGCAGGGGCGUCUCCCACCGCGAUUUGAAGCCGGAGAAUCUGUUGCUCGACGAAAACGAGGAUCUGAAAAUCUCCGACUUCGGACUCUCCGCUCUGCCGGAGCAGCUCCGGAACGACGGGCUUCUGCACACCCAGUGUGGGACUCCUGCUUACGUGGCGCCGGAGGUGCUGAGGAAGAAGGGGUACGACGGAUCUAAGGCGGAUAUCUGGUCGUGCGGAGUUGUGCUGUUCGUUUUGCUGGCUGGGUUUCUGCCGUUCCAGGAAGAGAAUCUGAUGAACAUGUACAGGAAGGUUUUCAAGGCGGAGUUUGAAUGUCCACCGUGGUUUUCAACGGAGGCGAAGCGGUUGAUCUCGAAAAUGUUGGUUUCCGACCCGGAGAAGCGAAUCACCAUUCCGGCGAUCAUGCGCACGCCGUGGUUUCGCAAGGGGAUGAAGAAACAGGAGGAGGUCACGGAACCCACGGAAGGUGUUGAUGAAAAGUCCGACGGGAGCGACUCUCCGAAGUUCUUCAAUGCAUUUGAGUUUAUUUCUUCGAUGUCGUCCGGGUUUGACUUGUCGAAUUUGUUCGAGAAGAAGCGGAAGGCCGGGUCCGUGUUCACGUCCAAGUGCUCGGCUGCGGCGAUCAUGGCAAAGAUCGAGGCGGCGGCAAAGGGGCUGAGCUUUAAAGUGGCGAAAGUGAAGGACUUCAAAAUAAGGAUGCAAGGGCCGAAUGAAGGGCGAAAAGGGCGGCUUUCGGUGACCGCGGAGGUGUUCGAGGUGGCGCCGGAGGUGGCGGUGGUGCAGUUUACGAAGUCGUCCGGGGAUACUUUGGAGUAUGCCAAGUUUUGUGAGGAAGAUGUUAGGCCAGCAUUGAAGGACAUUGUAUGGACAUGGCAAGGUGACGGUAGCGGUAACGGAAACGGGAAAGUCGACUGUGAUCUAGUUCAAGACCGAUUAAACGAAGAUUAA